AUGGAGUGCAGACCUGUCGUAGUGGAGCUCCUCCCAGAAAAAGAAGCACUAAAUUUAUUUAUGAGUAAGGUUGAAGAAGGUCAGACAGUGCUUGCUCCUGAAGUGAAAGAAAUUGCAAGAAAAGUUGCCAAAGAAUGUACGGGACUGCCCCUUGCAAUCAUUGCCUUGGCUGGAAGUAUGAGUGGAGUAAAUGACAUUCAUGAGUGGAAAAAUACAUUAAAUCAAUUGAUUAGCUCAACAAAACAGAUAAGUGACAUUGAAAAUGUAGUGUUUGAGCUACUGAAGUUUUGUUAUAGUCGCCUAAAAGAUGAAAAGCUCCAAUAUUGUUUCUUGUAUUGUGCAUUGUAUCCACAAGAUCAUAUCAUACCUAGGAAAGAACUGACAGAGUAUUGGAUAUCUGAGGGACUAAUAACUGAGGUGAACAGCAUAGAAGUAAUGUUCAACAAUGGUCACACUAUAUUGAAUAAACUCAUAAAUACCUGCUUGUUGGAAAGUAUGAAGAUACAUAUGAUAGAAUGUGUGAGGAUGCAUGAUUUGAUCAGAGAUAUGGCUCUCAAAAUAACAAAAACGAGUCCUAGAUUCAUGGUACAAUCUGGUGAGGGAUUAGAAAGAGUACCAUAUACAAACUGGUCUGAGGAACUUGAGACGGAGCUUGCCAGUUUUGUGACAUCUCAACAAUGCCAAGCCUUGGAAAACUACCGCCUUAUAGUGGGAAAUAAUUUUGAAUAUAUAAACAACUCUGUGGGGAAAGAAGUUCAUGCGAUCAGUUUUGACUCUAAACCUUUUGGGAUUGGAGUUGAUUCAUUGGUGCUUCCCAGCAACAUAGAAUACUUUGGGAUUACAAGAUGCAAGGAUCUCAUUAGCUUAUCAGAUAUUCUGCCCUUGAGGGAUGCCGGUCAUUUGAGAAUUUGUCUUCUCCAAUACUGUAAUGGGAUAGAAUCCAUCUUUUCGUCAUCAUCAUUCUCAGAAGAUUGUCAGAUCCCACUAAGAAUUGUCGAGGAAUUACGACUUCUUGAUUUACCCAGAUUUAGGGUACUCUUUGAUGGAGUUGUUCCACCACACAACAUUUCCUUUAACCUUAAGAAGUUGUACUUCUAUAGAUGUUCCAGUGUCAAGAAUAUUUUUCCUGCCAUGUUGCAGAAGUUCCCUAACCUUGAGGAACUAACUGUGCCUGAUUGUGAGAAUGUUGAAGACAUAACAGUAGAAGUAGAGAUGAGAUAUCAAGGCCAUCAUCAAGAUGAUAGCAACACAAUCACACUCUGA